GUGUGCAAUCCAAAAAUAGUUCAUAGAGUAGAACGAGGGAGAAGACUUAAGAAAAAUGGGGUUUUUUCUUCUUCUUCUUUUUUUCUCUUUCUUUUUUCCAGUAGUACUUCAAUGGAAAGUCCUUAAGAUGCCAUAAUAAACUUUUGUUACCAUAAUAGAGAUUGGUUGCUCAAUACUGGAGCAUCUUUUGUCUUUUUUGGGUAGCUUCCUUCUAUAUAAGACUUACAAUCCAUCUCUCCUAAAACUCCCCUUCCCCUCAAAAAUUCUUUUCAAGAUUUCAUUUCUCUUUUUCCAAUUCCUUCUUCUGAGUAAUAGUGAUUGUGUUUGUGAGAGAAAAUGGAAGAAAUGGCUUCUUUAUGGUGUUACCAAGAGAACAUGGAGGAAAUGAGACAGAAGCUAGUGUACACUAGUCUUGAACUUGAAAAGUUGAAAGUGGAAACAAGUGAAGAAAUAAGGAAGAACAAUGAAUAUGUAAAGCAAUUGAUCCAACUACAAAAGAUGGCUUGUCAAGAAAGAGAUGAAGCAAGAAAUCAACUUCAGGAACUACUCAACAAAAUAACUUCAUCUCAGUUCCAAGUUGAUAGUCCUCUUGUGAAGGCAACAAAAGCAAAUUCAAGCAUAACUGAAUCAAACAGCCUUUCUGAAACAUACAAUUAUCAGUCACAUUAUUCAUCCCCGGUCGACUCGUUUCUUGAUGCAGUUUCAUCCCCUGAAUUUUCCAACAACAACAUGGCUAAUUCAAAUGCAGUACCCUAUAUGAAUCGGCCUUUGGAUCAGGCCACAUUGGUUAUUGAAAAUCUUGUAAAGGGGAAAUCUUUGCCACAGAAAGGGAAACUGUUGAAGUCUGUUCUUGAAGCAGGACCACCUCUACAGACACUUCUUAUAGUUGGAUCACUUCCUGAAUGGCGUAAUCCGCCUCAGCUUAAGCCGUCUAAUAUUCCACCAGUUUCCAUUAAAGGGUGUGAAGCUGAGAUUACAAAUCUGAAUCUUGCUUCAAGAAUAUUGCAUUCUCAACCUUAUUUUGAGAUGUCAUGUGGAUCUUCACAAAUGAUGUCAACAUCUAUGUUGAACUUUGCUAAUUUUCCCUCUGGUUCUUGUUUGGAGAAUCAGAGGUUGAUAUCUUCUGGUGCAAUUUUGUUGUCCUGGGAAAGAGACAAAGGUUGCAGUAAAACAAGUUGAAAAAUGGAUGCCUAUGCUUCCAAUUUUUGUAUAAAGCAGAUUGCUGAGUGUUUGUAAAUUGGAUAUACUGAUUUUGAGUUUGACAGUAUGAGUUCUUUUUGGUUAAUGAAUUUCAUAUUUGUUUUGGCUUUUUACUAUUACA